UAAAAUUCAAAAGUUAAAAUUCUUAAUCACCUGUUACUAAAUGGUCUGUCUUUUGUGUUCAACAGAAGAACGAAAUUUCUAAAGGUUUGCAACCACGUGAGGAAAAGUAAAUAGAGAGUACAUUUUCAUAUUUCAGGUGAACUAUCCCUUUAAAGGGGUGAAAUUAUGAAUGAGUUAUCGCAGCAUUUUAGUGUGGUGGUUUUUCCUAGAGUUUCAGCAUACAAUAAUAAUAAGUUUAAAAUUGAUGAAAGUUACCUUUCAUUGUCAAGGGGAAUGAAUACUUGAGUCAGUUUUCUUGGCAUCUUUAUCGGAAUUCGUUAAAAAAUUGAGGCUGCCUGCAAAGCGCCGGUUGCCAGGCAGAGCUCCGCGCAACGUGCGCAUGCGCGGUGAGAGCAGCGCGCCAGCCUCUGAUUGGAUGAAGACAGCAUUAGCGGCGCUAGGGGGGAUGCGCUGUCCUCCUCGGUGUGUCCGAAAAAAAUAAACCCACCGCCACAAUGUUACACGUGGUGAAGACUUGUGAAUGAUAAACCGGACGGAUUUAAACGAACAACGCCUGCAUGCAUUAAUCAGGGAAUUUCUUGAAGCAGGUGUUUCCAGCUGCAUACUGACAUCAUCAUACCUUCAUGGUCAACAUGAGUGAAGGGCCCUCAGGAGACAUCGGUGGUGUGGAGCUGGAUGGAGGGAUUGAGACGGAGACCCCGAUGAACACACUUCACAGGUCAGCAGACGGAGAGGGAACCAGCACUCGGAGGAAGAAGAAGAAGAAAAAGAAAGAGAUCAUCUACCGUUCCGACCUGGAGGAUGAGGAUGCUGGGGAGGGGACAUCGGCGGAUGUAGAUGGAGCCUGUAGUUCACCAUUUGACGAAGAAGAGGAAAUCCCCCCUGACAGCCGUUUUGUGACCCUAACCGGUACCAUCACGCGAGGAAAGCGGAAAGGGCAAAUGGUGGACAUCUAUAUGACCCUCACUGACAAAGAGCUUAGGGAUAUGGCUCGCUCCAAAGAGCGCUUGGAUGCUGAAUGUGACGGGGUCGCGGAGGCCAAGCAAAAACCCUGUGCUCUGGGGCUGAGCCAGGGUCCUCACGUCCUCCUCUGGAGCCUUUCCUGCUCCCCGUUCAUCUUUGUCCUUUCCUUCAUCACCUCAUUUUACUACGGUACCCUUACCUGGUACAACGUCUUUCUGGUUUACAAUGAAGAGCGCAGCUUUCUGCACAAGAUCACAUUGUGUCCCUUGCUCAUUCUGUUAUAUCCGGUGCUAAUCAUGGCGUUGUGUGUUUGCAUGGGGGUUUACGCUGCUGUUUCCCAGCUCUCCUGGGUGUUUGGAGAGUGGUGGCUGGCGGUGAGGGACCUGGAGAAGGGCUUCUGUGGGUGGAUGUGUGGAAAACUGGGGUUGGAGGACUGCGCCCCAUAUAAUGUGGUUGAGCUGCUGGAUUCAGACACUCUUUCCGGGACCCUCCAGGGAAAGAGGUUGGAGGACGUUGAGCAGACUUCUAAUUUGUGAGCUGAGAAUAUGGAAAAAUGGUGUAUUUUAAGUGAUGUCAGAAGGAUGGCAUGUUGUUGAUUGGCAUAAAUCAUUUUUACUUGUCACUAAGAUGAAAUCUUUGAAGGAUUUUUUGUUCAAACUUU